UCGGAGGUGUUCGGUAGCAAUGGCGGCGGGGGCAGCUAGUGUUCCGCUAGCGAGGCAGCUUAACGUUAGCAGGAAGACAGGCCAUGUUUGUUUCACGCAGCUAAAAAUGGGCUAGGACUAUAGCAUAGGGAGCGCAGCUUAUAGCAACGCUAUGCUCGUUUCUAGCGAUUUGGGCGAUUUGAGAAUAGCGCUCUGCCCCGAAAUGGGUCGGGAACGCGGUAUUUUGUUUUUUAAUUCGACGCCACGAAACAAAAACGCGUUAUGUAAGAAGGGGGGCGCCUUUCCCGGGCUUUCGCGAAUAGCGUACAUCUGUGAUUAGCCUUUAACUCGAGCCGUUUGCGUCCCGAUAUCUCGACAUUUUAGAGCUAUGACAACACAGCUUACCAGCGAGCAAUAAAACUAGUCAACUAACAUGACCUAGUUAUUUGCAUUUGCUCACGUCGUGUGUUGCCUCUGCGUGCUUACAUGAGGGGCGGAAGCUAGUCGCGGCGGCCAUUUUACAGCUAGUUAGCUCUUCCAACCUCUGGCGCACAAGAUGCCCACCGUUAAACGCCUUGUAUUUUCUCCAAGCUGUCUCUACGUAACUUUGCGGCACUAAGACGUGCAGGACCGAUCCUGACUCGAGAGCUUACUGAGCCUGCAACGGGCAUCCUUUCACAUUUCUUUGCGGGAAAGCGGGGCUCGUAGAGCAACGCUAAGUUUCACUUAACCGGGAAGACGGAAGUCGUCAGGCUGGAGUGCGUCCUGAUGGCUGAGUCAGAGACUGACUGUGACACACCAGGUCUCGAUACGUUGGGAUCUGAGUGUGUCAUCGCCCAUACGCAAGUCGGUGACUUGCAUUAUGGUGCGGAAACCGAGAUUAUGACUCAGGAGGACAAAAGACUUGACCUGGAGGCCAUUCACGGUGAUUUGGGGGCAGUGACCUGUGUGGAUGUGGUAACCGAGACGGACCAUGACUACAUUAAAUCAGAAAUACACCACGAUCAUCAUCAUUAUUUCAGCAGCGCAGAAAUCAAAGGCAAUGAGCAUUUGCUCGGUGAGGUGCUGUUAAAGACGGAAAUAGGUGGCGGAGAACAUAUCGUAAAGGUGGAGUCUGACCAUGGAGGAGAGCUUACAGUAGAGUCAGAGAAUGGCGUUAUCAUCCACGAAGCCCAUGGUCUGCAAUGCAGCGAGUGUGGUGAGAUUUUUGGCUGUAUGUCUGAUCUGCACGAACACUUUGAAAUCCACAAAGCCACUCAUCCCUAUAUUUGCGUCCACUGUGGUGAGAGCUUCGCUGUUGAAGCCAGCCUAAGAAGUCACAUGAGGAUUCACAUGAAAGAGAAAAGUUAUACCACUGGUCUUGAGAUGGUUGGUAAAGGAGUCAUUGACGCAUUCAACUUGAAACCCCAUCAGAUGAUGCACUCUCCUGAAAAGCCGCACAGAUGUUCAGAGUGUGGCAAAAGCUUUGCCGCGGCCAUCACUCUACGGGAGCACAUGAAAAUGCAUUCAGAUGACAAACCCUACAAAUGCACCCAAUGCCGAAAAAGCUUUGUGCGCAGACGCCAUCUGAAAAAACAUCAAGAGCUGCAUGCCCACGAUAAGCCCUUUACCUGUCUCCAGUGUGGUAAAGGCUUUACGACGGCUUCCAAUCUCAAACAGCACCAGAAGACUCAUGCUGGUGAAAAGCCACACAGGUGCACCCAGUGUGGAAAGUGUUUUGCGGCAGCAGCCACAUUAAGAGAGCAUCAGAGAAUCCACUCAGGGGAGAAGCCCUACAAGUGCACCCAGUGUCGGAAGAGCUUUGUCAGGAAACGCCACCUCAAGAAGCAUCAGCUGGUCCAUCAGGGCGGAAAGCCCUACCGCUGCUCUCAGUGCGACAAGGGUUUCAACCAUUCUUCUUCCUUGUCUCGACACCACAAGGUCCACCUGGAGGCCAAGAUGUACGCUCAGGCGGAUAAGGAUUUCCCCUUCGAUACUACGCUGAAGAGGGGAAUGCACACAGGUGAAAAGCCAUACAGCUGCAACCAUUGUGAGAAAAGCUUCAAUCACUCGUCAUCGCUAUCCAGACAUCAGAGGACUCAUUCUGAUGGAAAGUCCUACACCUGUGCUCAGUGUGGGAAGAGGUUCAAUCAUCCCUCCUCUCUCGCAAGACACCAGCGGGUUCAUUUGGAGGAUAAGGCAACUUAUAGCGCUAUUGCAACAGGAAAGGGAUUCCCCCACACUACCAUCUUGAAACAGAGAAUCCUUCAGAGUGAGAAACCAUAUAGGUGCGCUCAGUGUGGAAAGGGUUUCAAUCAUUCGUCUUCUCUGUCUAGGCAUCACAGAAUUCAUAUUGAUCAGUAAGCCUGCUUUCCUCUCCCCGCAAGUGGUGUGCUACCAUUCAUCCCAUGAUUCAGGCCAGCUUGUAAUGUUAAAGAGUUUGGCAGAAGAUUCAAGAAAAUCCAGAGAGUCGGCGUGGACCUGCUCUGAGGGAACUUAUGAAAUCAAGUCCUUUUGACUUUUUAAGAGCAAUGAAAUUCAAUUAGGUAUGAUUGACACUGAAAUCUCCUGUGUAAUGUUCACAUGACUAGAUGCAUACAUGUCAUUCUGCAACAUAGUGUGGGAUUAAAUCUUCCAUCAUCACUGACUUGUGCUUUAAGUGGGAAAUCUGGCACAAUCUUGAACUGAGUAUUAGGUCAAGUUGGUUUUGAAUGGAAGAUAACUAAGCAAAUGAGUCUAGACACAACUAUUCACUCCCCUAGUUUGUAUCUUUUACCCAUCUCUGUAUCAUUCAUGGGUUGAGAAACUGGUAUCACGUGUAAAUAUGUUUUCCUUUUAUAUAGAUGUAUAGGUGAGUAGUGUGCUGUUCUUUUCUGAAAAAAUUGAGCAUUUUUUGAUGUACGAUACAGUUAGUCUUAUAUCCAUCUCUUGUAGGUGAAGUGGGAUGGUGCUUUUAGGGGAUGACACUAGUUUUGAACAAGCUGUCCUAUAUAAAGGCUAUAUGAAUUAUAAACCCUUUAUGAUACAUACAACGGAGUCUGCAACCUAAAGCAGCAUGUUAACUUGACUAACACCUGGAAAUUUUCUGAAAACAGCCGCACAAAGAGCGAGGGGCAAGAAACGCCUUGUCAUCAAGUCAAGUUGAGAAAAGGAGAUCUUGAUCAUAAAAGGUCAACCCAACAAAAUGAGAUGGCGUAUACGUUCUGUUGGGAAAUUUGGUUCACUUUUCUUGUUGCUAGUUUUCAACACAACUUAAUUGUACAGCUAAUUUUGUUAUAUUAUGCAGACUUGGUACAGCCUAAGCAUUCCCCUGAAUGACUUCAGUGCUUCUCCCUGCUAGCCACCUGUGUUACCAAUGACUGACUGUGCAUUGAAAAUUUUCCCAGUCACUGCUCAAGUCAGACAGCAAUGUAUAGCAUUUAGUUGUAUUCUGGAUACGUUUUGCAGAGUAUCAACAUUUAAUAAUAAUAAUAAUAGAUUGUGUAUACUUUAAUGCAAAUACAAAAUAUAGCUUGCUUUUUUGAAAUUUGUUUGGUUGUUUUGUUUUUUUUUCCCACCUUUAAAUUCCAUGGGUUUGUGCUUUCUAUUUACAGUUCUGUGUAUGGAGAAAAUCUUUUACAAACGGAUGUAUUUUUUUAAUAAGGUUUGAGUAAUUGAAAGGGAAAUGAAAGGAAUACUGUUUUUAUGGGAGUGAACAUUGUAUCAGAACUAUUCUCUUUCUUUUCCAUUGGAUAACAGUUGUGCUUCAUCACGUAGCAUAGGUUUAUUCAUUGUGUUAGUUAGGUGCCUUAUUGCAUGCCAUGUAGAAAUGUAUGCCGAGCUGUAAUAGAAAAAAUAAGGUUUUGGCUCCUGCUCCCUUUUUUGUUUUUUCGCAUACUAAUCAAUGUUUUAAUUUGAUUUAUUAUUAUUUUUUUUGCUUCUCUGUACAUGAAUGUUUACACUGUUACUUCUGUCUUUUAAUUUACUUGUCUGUCAACAAGCCUCUUUGUAGAAUGGAGGUUGAAGGAAGUUACAAUGCCAUUGAUCCAUAUGUUGAUUGCCCUCUAUAGUGGUCAAUUCUUGUCCUAUUUGUCUAUUCCCCCGACUUUGAGUGGCUCACAUAUAUGGAUAAAUAAAGGUUGUUGACUAUCAACAAGUUCAAA